AUGUUUGUCCUACCUCCGCCUCCUCGAUACCCCUCGCAAGCGAGCUACGGUCUCGCCAACGCCGGUCUCUUUCCGCUCAUCGAGACGAAUAAUAUACUUACGAACCCGACGGGACCCGAGUAUCAGUUUCUAGUCGGAGAAGGCACCUAUGUGCUCAAGGAGGACCUCCUCCUAGCUACUCCCCCAGCGCAUCCCUCCGAAAUUCCAAACGCGAAUCCAAACCCCCUCGCGACUACCCCCCAGCCCGCCACAUCCGGGUGUAGGCCAACGCUCGUGAGCCUCGACGUGCGCCACGCACCACGAUUCUUCCUCGGGUCCUCGAACACGACACUCUCACUGAACGGCGCCCCUGAGAGCAUUCAAGAGCAUCCGAACGAGAGCCGAUAUUCCAAUGAGCUCGGUGCACUUAGCAGCGACGAGGGACGGGGGACUUCUACGAGCGACGCUCCGCCCACGACGGUGACGCUGGGGUCUAGCACGCCGGCGUUUGGCGAGGGAAAUGCGCUUUUAACACCUAACGUAAACCCCAAAGAUGCGAACAAGAAGAGGAAGCCGAAGAGCAAUAUGAGCAAGAGCAACUCGUCGUUUAUAUCGCGGGUUAUUGGGAAUGAUAUGCUCUCGAAGAGGUUGCAGGAUCGGCCCUCUGACGGCAUCUUUGCCUUUGCGAACGUCAACCGCUCGUUUCAAUGGCUCGACUUGUCGUCUCCUACUAAGGGUGUUAUCAAUGCCACGCCCGUUUCCGAGAUCAAGUGGAUCCCGGGAUCUGAAAACCUGUUCCUCGCCGCGCAUAUGGACGGCUCCCUAAUAGUCUACGACAAAGAAAAGGAGGACGCGGCUUUCAACGCUAGCGAAGAGAGCGCGUCCUCCAGCGGCGAGGUAGCUGCUCAGCCUAGUAGCGGCAAACGAGUAAACUACUCGAAGCAGAUCGAGGUGAACAAAUCCGUCUACUCCAAGAACCAAAAGUCCAACCCGGUAGCUCUGUGGAAGGUUUCGAACCAGCGAAUUAACGCGUUCGCGUUCUCGCCUGACAACCGCCACUUGGCUGUUGUUUCUGAAGAUGGAACGCUUAGAAUUAUCGACUACUUAAAGGAGAGGCUGCUUGAUCUCUUCUACUCUUACUACGGCGGUCUGACGUGCGUAUGCUGGUCUCCGGACGGCAAAUAUGUCUUGACCGGAGGCCAAGAUGAUCUCAUCUCGAUCUGGUCCGUUGCCGAGUCGGCCAUCGUCGCCAGAUGUCAGGGACACCAGUCGUGGGUAACCGCGGUUGCGUUUGAUCCGUGGAGGUGCGACGACAGGAACUACCGUUUCGGGAGCGUUGGCGAAGACUGCAGGCUGUGCUUGUGGGAUUUCAACGUCGGGAUGAUCCAUCGUCCAAAGGCGGUCUCCGUGUUGCAUCGCGCCUCGAUAUCAUCGAAGCUCACUAACCCCCAACAGCGUCUCGAGACGACAAACACCAAGUCUUCUAACCGAGGGAGAGCCGGUUCCAAUGCUUCGGCUGACGGGGAAGAAGACAUUAGCGAGAGCGUCAGCCAUCCCGUCGAGCCACGGUCUCGGACAGCAAUGCUACCGCCCGUUUCGACGCAGGUAGUUGAUACACACCCCAUCGCCUGGUUGGAGUUUACCGAAGACUCUGUCAUGACUAGCUGCAAGUCGGGUAAGCAAAACUAG